AUGUGGUUUCACGUUGAUCGCGUCAAACCGAACCCCGACUACCUACCCACCUUAGGUCAAGCAAAGGGUGCCCCUGCUCUCCACUACAGCCAGCAGCAGGUCAACCUUCUCUUUACCAAUGUCAUCGAGCAAACCAUCAGCUACUUCCCCCCAGGUUGGGCACUCGAUAAGACCAUGAGCAUGACUAUUGUGGCUUGUGAUGCCUUGGAUGGAAAGUCGGACGGUGUCGUCUCACGGACCGAUCUCUGCAAACUGCAUUUCGACAUUGACGACGUUGUUGGGGAGCCUUAUUCAUGCGACGCGAUUGAGUCCAACGGGUCACUACGAAGCCACGUUGCCAAGAGCACUGCCACACCGGCGCAGAGCGACAUAGUCAUGGCCUAA